AUGAGAUUGAUAAGUGGAGUCAACAAAACUCAGCCGACUGCCGGCUAUCCGUCACGUUCCAUAGCUCUUCUCGAGAAGCUGCAUCAAUCAGAUCAACAUGUAGAUGAGGAACAACGAAGCCAGAAGGCUCAAACUAAACUCCGCAUCUUGGUAGUUGGUGCAGGUCUUGGAGGCUUAGCCACAGCGGUCGCCCUCGCCCGUCAAGGCAACGAGGUCGUUGUUUUAGAGCAAGCAUCAGUGCUGGGAGAGGUUGGUGCCGGCAUACAGAUCCCUCCAAACUCAGCCCGACUGCUUCUGAGAUGGGGCAUUGGUCCUUACCUCGACGAAUACGCCAUCAAGCCGGAGAGUAUGACCUUUCGGAGAUGGGAGAAUGGCGAAGCUAUUGGAUACACGAAACUGGGUGCCGAUUUUGAAAAGACAUAUGGAUCAUCUUACUUCGUCAUUCAUCGCGCUGACUUACACCGUGCUCUUCACCGCAUGGCCAUUGAUCUUGGAAUCACCGUUGUUACUGGGAGUAAAGUCACCGAAUACAACGAGGCAGUGCCAUCAGCCACAACGUUUGAUGGACGCGAAUACACCGCUGAUCUCAUCGUCGCGGCGGAUGGUGUUAAGUCCUGUGCGCGUGCAGUUGUACUUGGUGGUCAGGACCUACCACCCCAAAAGACUGGCUUCGCUGCCUAUCGUGCUACUGUCGACACUGAGGUCAUGAAGGCUGACAAGGAUACAUCGUGGCUACUGAGGAGACCAGGUAUCAAUAUCUGGAUUGGAGAAGACCGUCACGUCAUGACUUACAGUAUUGCCGGUGGUAACUCAUUUAACAUGGUUCUCUCCCACGUUGACCAUUCGUCACCAAGUACAUGGAACGCCGAAAACGCCCUGCAAGACAUGCGAGACUCAUUCCACAACUGGGAUCCCAAGUCAAUUAGUAAAGUGAUCAACAUGAUUGAGCACACUAUCAAAUGGCCUCUGAUGAGCGGUCCUCGACUACAGACCUGGGUAUCGAAGAGUCAAAAGCUCUUAAUUCUUGGUGAUGCUGCUCAUGCAAUGGUUCCUUACAUGUCCCAGGGAGCUGCAAUGGCUGUUGAAGAUGGUGCGGCUCUAGCUGCUGCAAUUUCAAAGGUCAAGCAUAUCGAAGAGAUCCCAGAUGCAUUGCGUGUGUUCCAAGAUGAGAGAAUGGGGCGAAGCUAUGGCAUGCAAGCUGCCAGCCUGGUCAAUGGUAGAUUAUGGCACUUCCCAGAUGGCCCACUCCAACAGGCUAGGGACCAGGGAAUGAGGGCUGAAGUAGAGGGAAAGCCUUUCGUCGAGAGUACAAACCAGUGGAGUGACCCGAUCACUCAGCUUUGGGCAUAUGGGUAUGAUGCAGAGAAGGCUAUCGGGGAACGUUUGAGGACCGAAAAGGCUUACUUGUAA